AUGGCGUUGUCGUCACGCUUAAAGCUAUGGGAACAGAAGGGAGGUAUAAAGGAGGAGAAGACACCAGUUGCCACCCCCGUUCCUCCUCCACCAAUCUCCUCUAUGCCAGGAGGCUUCCUCAAGCAGCUGGUCAGAGAUUCCGAGAAAGAGACCAAACUCAAAGAACCUGCGGCUAAAGAAGAGAAGGCGACACCCAGUAAACUGAGUGACAACCUGGUCCAGCAGUUCCUCCUCCCGGACGAGACUCCUCCAAUCCUGGAGGCUGAGAUGUCACUCCGAAACGAGCCGUCAGUCAGCAGCGAGCGCUCCUGCCAGCCCCCCCAGCCACGCGGCGGGGCUUCCUGCCACGGCGCCACGAGCCCUGCUGACCCCGACCAUAAACAGGAAGCCAAGAGGGACGUGACCCCGGAGACGCCGCGCCAGCCACCGGAAGUGGAGUCAGAAAAAGAGAAAGCGCCAAAGGGCAAGGUUACACCAGUGGGGGAGCGACAGAAAGAGAAGACACGGGAGGAGGUAGAGGAGGGUGAGGGUGGUAAAGGGGAGAGACAGGAGCCGGAAGGAAGGCAAGCGGAGACCAGCCUAACAGAGCACCGAAGAAGAGAGGUCAGAGACUUGUGGUAUGAAGCCGGCCCCGUGUGGUACGUCCAGAAGGACGGGUUCAGCCUGGCUACUCAGUUUAAGCCAGAUGAGGGCACACCUGAGCUGCCAGAGGGCCAAGUGAGGGUCCGACUGGAGGCAGAUGGAAGUCUGCACGAUGUGUCUGAGUAUCAGAUUGAGAAGUGUAACCCCCCAGAGCUGGAUCUAUGUGAGGAUCUCACCGAUCUCCAGAGUGUAAAUGAAAGCAGUGUGCUGCACACUCUGACCAGUCGCAGUAAAGCUAGCCUGCCCCUCACACAUGUGGGACCCAACUUGAUCAACCUCUGGCCUCCAUCCCACCCCCACAGCAAGACUCCAAGGUCCCGGCGGGGCGAGUCAGCGUGGGAUGCCCCCCCGGCCUUGACCGCGCUAGUUAAACGGGUCUAUUCGUCCAUGUUGGCCACCAGGAGGGACCACAGUGUCUGUGCAGUGGGACGUAGUGGAACCGGGAAGACCACGGCAUGCCAGGCCUUCACGCACACGCUCCUCAAACAAGCUGGUAGAGCUGGAGAGAGCGUCAGUGUGGAGCGCGUGCAGGCUGUGUUCACCAUUCUGAGAUCUUUUGGCUGUGUGAGCUCCAAGUGUGGAGAUGCCUCAUCUCGAUUUGCCAUGGUCUUAUCGCUGGACUUUAACCAUGCUGGACUGGUUGCUGCCGGACACCUACAGACUAUGAUGUUGGACAAGUGGAGAGUGUGCCAGAAGACUGAAGGAGAGAGUAACUUCCUGGUGUUCUCUCAGAUGAUGGCAGGUCUCAGCACAGAGAUGAGGACAGAGCUGCAGCUGCACCAGGUCCCUGAGGCCAACUCAUUUGGCAUCGUUGCUCCUACGAAAGUUGAGGAGAAGCAGCGAGCAUCCGUCGCCUUCACCAAGCUGCUGGCUGCCAUGGAAACGCUGGGCUUCUCCGCAGAGGAACGGAGGGCCAUAUGGCACGUGCUGGCUGGUAUUUACCACUUAGGAGCUGCCGGGGCAUGUCGAGUGGGUCGGAGGCAGUUUGUGAGUUUCGGCAGCGCGCAGGCGGCCAGCAGCGUGCUGGGCUGCGAGGGGGAGGAGCUACACACUGCCGUCUUCAAACACCACCUGCAACACCUGCUGCGGAGCAUCGGAGGAGGAGGAGGAGGAGGAGGAGGAGGAGGAGGAGGUGCAGACAGACACUCUGCUGCGGAGACAGAGGACGGUCCAAGGUUGACUGCUGCUCAGUGUGUAGACGGCAUGGCCUCGGGACUCUAUGAAGAACUUUUUACUACCAUAGUCUCACUCAUCAACAGGGCUCUGAGCUCCCAGCAGCUGACCUUAGCCUCAGUAAUGGUGGUCGACACGCCGGGUCUCAGGAACCCCCGACACGAAGGGGAGGAGCGGGCUGCAGGAUGGUCCGAACUCUGCCACAACUACUUACAGGAGAGGCUGCUGGAGCACUACCACACCCACACCUUCACACACACCCUGGAGAGAUGUGCACAGGAGAAGGUUCCUGUGCAGUUUGAGUGUCCGGAGAGCAGCCCAGCAGAGGUGGUGUCAUCCAUCGACCAGCCAGCUCUGCAGAUGCGGACAGCAGACGGGGAGCCCAGGGGCCUGCUGUGGGUGCUGGAUGAGGAGAUGGUGACCCCAGGCUCCUGUGAGAACAACGCCCUGGAAAGAGUUUGCCGAUAUUACAGCAACACUGUCCGUCAGUGUGAGCAGGCGCUGCAGUGUGAGGUGAGCCACCUUAUGGGCUGGGAUGCGGUGCGCUACGACCUGGCCGGCUGGUUUAGUUUGAUCCAAAGCAACCCUUCUGCUCUCAAUGCCACAUAUCUGCUGCAGAACUCUACUGUAGGCGUGAUCAAGGCUCUGUUCACCCCCAGGACUUCUGUGUCCCCUCUGUGCCGAGGACUUGGCGGACUGGAGGGGAGCAGCCAGCGCUCUCUGCAAAGGAGUGGAGCGAUCAGGAAAACCUUUAGUGGAGGAAUGGCGGCUAUACGCAGACAUUCCCAUAGCAUAGCGGUCAAACUGCAGGCAGAUGCUUUGUUGAACCUAAUACGUCGAGCCAGGCCGUUGUUCUUGCAGUGUGUGAAUGCCAAGAGAGACGGUGGAGGGUUCGACGUCCCUUCCCUCAGAGUCCAGCUCCAGUCCCUUCAGAUCUUGCCUGCUCUGCAGCUUCACCGUAUCGGUUAUCCAGAACACAUGCCCCUGAGUGACUUCAGGUGCCGCUUCCAGGCUCUUUCUCCCCCAAUAAUGGAACGCUAUGGUUCAGUGUUUGUUACCCAUGAUGAAAGGAAGGCAGUGGAAGAGUUGCUGGUUGAGUUAGAUCUGGAGAAGAAGAUUAUAGUACUGGGUGCUAGCAGGGUGUUUAUGAAACGUGGAAUGCUGCAAUACCUGGAAGAGCAGAGAGACCGGCUGGUCAUUGGCUGGCUGGUCCAACUACAGGCAGCCUGUAUGGGACAUCUGGCACGUCAAAAAUAUCGCAAACUGAAGGUGCAGCAGAUGGCAGUGAGCUGUGUGCAGAGGAACCUGCGUGCUCUGAGGGCUGUGGCUGAAUGGAGCUGGUGGAAACUGUUCUGCAGAGUGCGCCCCCUACUGGACGUUAACAUGGACAAUCAGAGGCUGAGGACCAAGGAUGAUGAGAUAUCAGCUUUGAGACGACGACUGGAAAAAUCUGAGAAGGAGAGAAAUGAGUUGAGGCAGACUGCAGACAGUCUCGAAACCAAGGUGACAGCAGUGACCUCUGAGCUGAGUGAUGAGCGUUUCCGUGGCGACGCAGUGGGUCAGGCACUGGAUGUAGAGAGGACUGAGAGACUUCGUCUCACCAAGGACACCAAAGAGCUGCAGGCUCGUCUGGACCAGUAUAAGGCCACAGUGGACGCCCUGGAGAAGCAGCUGGACGAGGAGAGACAGAAGGUUCAGAGCAAAGAGAGUCCGGCAGGACCAGUGGCAGGGGGCGAGCUGGCGCUGCAGCUGGAGUGCUGCCAGACAGAAGUAGAGUUUGUCCGCAGACGGCUGAAGCAGACGGAGGAGAGACUUGAAGCGGAGAGGCAGACCCGACAACAGCUCGACACCAAGGUGGUGGCUUUACAGGGCCAGCUGGAGCAGUCCAGGAGGAGCGUGACGGAGUUGAAGCGUCAGUGUCGUCGUGCCACGUCCGACCUGCAAGACGCCCGUGUUCUCACCGAGUGUCUGCAGAGCCGCAUGCACGAGCUUGACCGCAAACAGAGAAGGUUUGAUGGGGAGCUGACCCAGGCCCUGGCAGAAGCCGACAACGAGAGAGAGCAAAAGGACAAGACAGUUCGGGAGCACAUCGCUCUGGGGGCUGACAUGUACACUGUGCGCCGUGAGCUCAAGGAGAGCCAGUCGGAGGUGAGCCGUCUGCAGCAGCAGAAGGAGGAGUUGUGCGCUCAGAUCCGUGACCUCAGCGUACCGGUUGACCUCGCCGGUGACUCAGUUCCUGACCUGAAGAGGCAGCUCCGCCUGCUGGAGAGCACAGCCAAUGAGAGGGCAGAGGAGGCCGCCGAGCUGACCUCCAAGAUACAGCAGCAGCAACAGAUCCACUUGCGUUUUGAGAUGGAGAUGGAGAGGAUGAAGCAGAUCCACCAGAAGGAGCUGGAGGAUAAAGAGGAGGAGCUGGAGGAUGUGCACCAGUCCUCCCAGAGGAGGCUGAGACAGUUGGAGAUGCAGCUGGAACAGGAGUAUGAAGAAAAGCAGAUGGUGGCUCAUGAGAAGCAUGACCUAGAAGGACUCGUUGCGACUCUGUGUGAUCAGGUAGGCCACAGGGACUUCGAUGUGGAGAAGAAGCUCAGGAGGGACCUGAAGAGAACUCGUGCCCUGCUGGUUGAUGCCCAGCUGCUGCUCUCCACCAUAGACAACUCAGGGCAGAAACUGCCCAAUGGCACUAAAGAACAGAUAGAGCAUCUACACUGCAAGCUUGAGGAGAGUGAAUCUAGGAGAACUGAGGCUGAAAACACCCAGAAGACUCUGUCUCAAGAACUGGAGAACUCUCAGACAGAGCUGGAGAACAUCUGCAAACAGAAAAGUGCUGUGGAUGAGCAGUUAGCCCUGUACCAGCAUGAGAAGAUAGACCUGUUCAAGAGACUGGAGGAGGACCAGGACGACCUCAAUGAACUCAUGAAGAAACACAAAGCCCUCAUUGCACAGUCUUCUAGUGAUAUCUCACAGAUCAGGGAGCUGCAAGCUGAGCUAGAGGAAGUGAAGAAACAGAGACAGACGCUCCAGAAAGAGCUACAGCAAAGUCUAUCAAGAGUGCAGUUCUUGGAAUCGUCCACGGUGGGGCGCAGUAUCGUCAGCAAACAGGAAGCACGCGUGUGUGACCUAGAGAACAAACUGGAGUUCCAGCGAGGACAAGUGAAGAGGUUUGAGGUGCUUGUGCUACGUCUGAGGGAUAGUGUGGUGCGUCUUGGAGAGGAGCUGGAACAGAGUGCCCAGGCUGAGGCGAGAGAGAGAGAAAACUCCCAGUACUACCAGCAGCGGCUGCAGGACAUGAGGCUGGAGAUGGAGGACUUGAUACAAAGGGAACAGGACAGCAGCCACAGACGCAUGGAACUGGAAAUGCAGCUGGAGGAGCUCACUGCUGUCAGGCAGACAUUACAAGCCGAUCUGGAGACAUCCAUCCGCCGUAUCGUCGAUCUGCAGGCUGCUCUGGAGGAAGUGGAGUCAAGUGACGAGAGUGACACCGAAAGCGUUCAGACUGCUGUGGAAUCCCUGACUCGAAAGAGAGACCUUGAGUCUGUGUCCAGUACUGGGUCUGUCGGUACAGGGGAUGUUGAUGAGGGGAUUCGUCAUUGGCUGGGGGUGCCUAAAGGAGCUAACCGUGGCACCAGUCCUUCUGGCAGCAGUACCAUUAGCAACCAAAUGGGGCGCCAAUCUAAUGCUGACACCAUGAGCAUGUACAGCUUCCGUUCAUUUGCUGACCCAGAUGAUGAAGGGUCUGGGACUGAUGGAGUUGGUGCGGUUGGCCUUGGCCGAGCCUCCUCUUCAUCAGCUCUGUCUGAGCUGUUAGAUGGACUGCGUAAACGUAGAGCUGGUGGUGAUACAGGAGAAGGACCUGGUAGUGCUGUCUCCUUACCCAUUUAUCAAACAACUGGAGCAUCUAUUCUCAGACGAAGAGCCCCUUCCCUCCCAGAAGAUAACCAGGAACCCCGGCCAGGCCCUAGCAUUCUCAAACCUCCCUCCCCAAUCCUACCCCGAGCAGCUAGUGUGCGCUCCAUUUGUGAUCCACAGACAUCUACUGGGGCAUCGAACGCAGCAGCCAAAUUGUCCCGCUUCAACUCCACUGAGUCCAUCUCUUCCCUUCCCUCACUCCCCCGUCUAUCCUCCUUGGCAUCUGUUCAAACUGCUCGUCAUCAUCUUUCCACUCGGUCCAUCCCAGAAGAGGACUUGGAGGAACCAGUCCGCUCAAUGGCCACUUCUACUCAAAUCUCCCCUCAACGGAGGAAGCGAAUUCUUGGGAGUAUUGUUGCAGAAAGUGAAGGUGAAGGCUGUCUGACUUCAGAGCCCAUGAUCUUCCAAAACUGUCGUCUGACAGCGGACAAUCGUGAUGACGCAUCCUCUGAAAUUCUUCCAGCAAUACGGAGGGCUCAAUCCACCAGCAGCCUCGCCAGCUCAGUUAGAGGAGGCAGGAGGUCACUGAAUGUCCACUUUGGAGAGCUACCUCCCUCAAUCCGCAACAGAAAAAACUCUGACACAGAGUCCUCCAGCUCAAGCAGUUCAGGAAGAAGCUCUCAGGAAAGGGGUUUGAGGCAUGGGACUGGAAGGCCACAUGGAGAGAGACAAGAGGCAGAGGGCAGCGAGGGAGGAACCAUCACUUCUGUUAUGAAAAAAUACCUGAAGAAGGAGAUUGACUGAACCAAACAAUGGUUUUAGGUGUGUAGAUACCAGGCCCACCCUGACGGCUGCUAACUUAUAACUCUGCUUCAUGCAUUUCUGUUUUAAACAUACCCAGUCUUUGUUUUUGUCUCUUUUACUACCCUGUUUGUGAGCCACAGUCCAAUUGAGGGCUCAAGUUCAUGGAAACACUGAAGAUGACGAGAGAUGCAGUCAAGGCUGAGUGGAAAAUUUGGAGAGGCAACAAACAUGCAUUGAAUGUAUGAAAUUGAUAAGUACUCAAUGAAAAUAAAUAUGCUCAGUUCCAAUGUAUUGUCAUUGUGCAUUUUCAGAUGGCAUUCAUUUUUAUAUGAAUAAAAAAACCCAUA